GUCUCCGCUUAGGACGUCGUUUGGGUGUACGGUGUCUGUGUUGAGCGGCGCUUCUGGUUGGAGCGGCGGGAGGAGGCCGCUUCCCAGAAGGGUCUUCCAGGCUGAGCGAAGGACGGUGAGGAGGAUAGGACCUACCUCCACGGUUUUGCAUGAGCCCGAAACCACCUGUAACGGGGUUUGCCCCCCUAGCCUCUCCGGCGCCGCGGCACUAGCCCUUCGUUCCCGAGGCACCCGCACGGGGCCCCCUGGACCUUGUUGCGCGUUUACACAGCGGAGACCGAGGUCCCUGGUCACCCGGCCCUGGGCUGGGGUGAGGGGUCGGCUGAGCUCGCUAGCCGGGCUUUAGUCGCCGCUUCUCGCGGUCUCGCUCGGCCCGUGGGCCUCAUGGCGGCGCCGGCGCUGGCAUUGAUAACAUUUAAAGAUGUGGCUGUGACCUUCACUGGGGAGGAGUGGAGACACCUGGACCUAGCCCAGAGGACCUUAUACCGGGAGGUGAUGCUGGAGACUUGUGGGCUCCUGGUUUCACUGGGGUAUCCUGUUCCCAAACCAGAGCUGACCUUCCUAGUGGAACAUGGGCAGGAACUAUGGACAGUGAAGAGAGGCCUCUCCAAAAGCACCUACACAGGUGAAAAAGCAAAACCUGAGACCACAGAACUUACUGCUUCUCAGCUGGCCUUCACUGAGGAAGCCCCUUUUGAGGAACAAGUGACCCAGGGAGUCCCAAGGGAUUCCAGGUUGGGGCAAGCAAGGGAUCAGGAAAAGCUAUCAGAAAUGCAGGAAGGGAACUUGAGGCCAGGAGCAGACCCCCACAAGGAGACAUGCCCUAGGAAGUUGACCCAUAAACAUGAUGAUUUGGAGGCAGAUGAUCGUUUGUGUUUAACGGUUUUGCAGGAGCGAGUCACUACCCAAGGUGAUCUCCGUGAACAUGGACAAGGACCAGGAAAAGACCCUGUGAUAGAUGCAAGGAAUAACCUGUAUAAGUGCAAAGACUGUGGGAAAAGGUUUAGCAAGAAUUGGGCCCUUGGUCGGCAUCAGCAGAUUCAUGCUGGAGUGAAGCCCUAUAAAUGCAGCGAAUGUGGGAAAGCCUGUCGUUAUAUGGCAGACUUCAUUCGACAUAUGAGGUUGCAUACUGGGGAAAAACCGUACAAGUGCAUUGAGUGUGGGAAGGCCUUCAAACGCAGGUCUCACCUCACAGAGCACCAGCGCAUUCACACUGGAGAUAAGCCCUAUGAGUGCAAAGAAUGCGGUAAAACUUUCACCCACCGCUCUUCUUUUAACCAACAUAAUAUGACCCAUGCUAGGGAAAAGCCCUUUUUGUGCAAGGAAUGCGGCAAAGCUUUUUACUACAGCUCUUCCUUUGCUCAACACAUGAGGAUUCACACUGGAAAGAAACUCUACAAGUGCAGUGAAUGUGGAAAGGCCUUCACUCACCGUUCCACUUUUAUCCAGCAUAAUAUGACCCACACAGGAGAAAAACCCUUUUUGUGCAAAGAAUGUGGAAAAGCUUUUUGCCUCAGCUCAUCCUUUACUCAACACAUGAGGAUUCACACUGGAGAGAAACCCUUUGAGUGCAACGAAUGUGGAAAGGCCUUCACUCACCGCUCCACUUUUAUCCGGCACAAGAGGACUCAUACUGGGGAGAAGCCCUUUGAAUGCAAGGAAUGUGGGAAAGCCUUUUGUGACAGCUCUUCCUUAAUUCAACACAUGAGGAUUCACACUGGCGAGAGGCCCUAUAAGUGCAGUGACUGUGGAAAAGCCUUUACACACCACUCUGUUUUUAUCCGACAUAAUAGGACCCACAGUGGAGAAAAACCCUUGGAGUGUAAAGAAUGUGCGAAAGCCUUUUACUACAGCUCUUCCUUUACUCGACACAUGAGGAUUCACACUGGCGAGAAGCCCUAUGUAUGCAGAGAAUGUGGGAAGGCCUUUACCCAACCUGCGAACUUUGUUCGUCAUAAUAGGAUCCACACUGGAGAAAAACCGUAUGAAUGCAAAGACUGUAAGAAGGCUUUCUGUGACAACUUUGCCUUAACUCAACACAUGAGAACUCACACUGGAGAGAAACCCUUUGAAUGUAGUGAAUGUGGAAAAACCUUCAGCCACAGUUCAUCCUUCACUCACCAUCGAAAAAUUCAUACCAGAGUUUAAAGGCCUCUGCGGGUUGUUUACAUCGGUCAGUUUUAGUGAACUCAUACUGAUGAAAUACCUUUUCUUUUGAAUGUAACUUUUCAGGAAAACCUUUUGGCCAGAGAAAUAUCUUGCUCAUUAUCUGAUAAUUCGUACUGAAGAGAAACAUAAUUACCAUCUGUGUGUAAGCUUUUUGUGGCAGGUCAUCUCAAGGGUCAUAUUAGAAAUUGACCCAGCCUAGACCCUUACACUACCCCUGGGAAUCAUCCACAAGUGAGGCCCAGUGGUUAUGCAUUUAGAAAAUAUGUCAGCAAGAAUUCUUCUUAUAUUUAUACUAUGAAACCAUCUCAAGAGCAUUUUAGAAGUACAAUGAGAGGUGGAGGAGGAGAUGUAGAAGAGAAAGGGAAAGGAAAUGUGAGUGUAUGGCUUCUUUCCAAUUUCCCUGCCAAGCUUGUGAUAAUUUGUCAUUACGGUUGGGGCAGGGGAUGGUGGGGGUAUGAGAGAUAAAAAGACCUCAUUCCCUUUAUGUGUGUGUGUUUAAGAUUUAUUUGAGAGAGCACGAGAGGGAACACGAGUGGGGGAGAGGGAGAAGCAGGCUCCCCGCUUAGCAGGCAGCCCCGUGUGUGGCUGAAUCCUAGGACCCUGGGAUCAUGACCUGAGCCGAAGUCAGACACUUAACUGGCUGAGCCACCCAGGCGCCCCAUGUGUCUUUUAUAUAUCUGUUGUCAGGAGAGUUGGACCAUUGAAGGCAGCCAUGCUGCCAACAUUUUUUGAAAAUACUCCUUAUUCUAAAACAUUGUCAUUUUUACCCUUGGGGAGCAUAAAUGUUUGAGAGAUUCAGAGGCCCAAGUCAUAAAAUACUUAACACACAUACACAUACACACUCAUAUAUUUAGUCAAUUCUUGUUAUUCAUCGUAGUUGUAUUCUGUAAAUCCAUCACAAACAUUGAAUUAAUGACUACUGAACCAUUGCUUCUAAGGGAAAUGCAAACUUAUGUUCGUCUGAGCCUCUGUUCACAUUUUCAUCUACCAAUCAAUGCAUGACCUAUUAUGGAUUUUUGUUCUGUUUAAAGGCAUCUGAAUUUAAUAUAUGUUUCUUAGAAAUAAAUUAUAUGCAGUAUUAUAAUAAAACUAUUUCUGUUACAUCA